CGCCCGUCUAGGAUGCAGCCGCAAAGAUGAUUGACAGAGGCAUGGGAUUUCCCGCCGAUGGCAUCGACAAUCAUGGCUGGAAAUUAUACAUCACAUCCUUGGUAAUGAUCAUUUCAUCAGGUCUGUUUGUUGUUGCGAGAUGUAUUGCGCGGUACUCAAUACACAAACUAGGAUCUGACGACGUUGCCAUUAUUGUUUCGCUGAUAUCGUCUGUUCUUCUGUCGACGUACAUACAGCUUGCGAUUCACCAUGGCUACGGAAUGCACAAAGACGACCUCGAAAAGCCCGAUCUUCGAGUGGCGUUGAAAAUGUUCUUCAUCGCCCAGACACCAUACAAAGCAACCGUCUGCCUCAACAAAGUCGCCGCGAUUUUGCUGUAUCUCCGACUAUUUGUCACGAAAUCAUUUCGUGUUUGGUCUUUUGUGGUGUUAGGCGUCGUGGUGGGAUACAGUAUUGGUGGUAUCGCAGCGACGAUCUGGCAAUGCGUCCCUAUCAAAGGCGCAUGGGACAAGUCUGUCGAUGCCAAGUGUAUCGACUCAAACAAGUUCUGGGUUGCCUAUGCAGUUCUCAACAUCUUGACCGACGUUAUGGUCUUGGCUCUUCCUAUUAUGCCGAUCAUGCGGCUUCAGAUGAGUAGACGGGAGAAACUACUGCUCUGCUGCAUCUUUCUCCUAGGUGGAUUUGUCACUAUUACAUCGAUCCUCCGAGUGACUUCUGUGUCAAAUUCCCUCAAGAACAAGAAAGACAUGACGUGGAACUUCAUCGAUCGCGGAGUAUGGACCCUUAUCGAAGCUAACCUCGGCAUCAUCGCUGCAUGUCUGCCGGUACUACGACAGCCCAUGGGUAAACUCUUCCCUCGCAUCUUCGGAUCGACCAAGAAGAGUUCCUUAUACUACACAGGGCCAGGUGGACCCGCAAAGGGCUACAACUUGUCAGAUAUAGCUGCUCGAAGCCCUCGUCCAGGUCUUUGGAAGAGCGACGCAUCUAGAUCUGAACAAAUUGUUUCUAUCGGUGGACCACAAACAGAAGCAAGUCGGGACAGUGACGAGCGCUGUAUUAUUGCCGAUUCAGUCAAAGGGAGUGAUUUUGGGAGUGAGCUGGUUUCUCAUAAACCUGAUCUAAGUAGAUAGAAGCCAAAAAGGUUAUUAAUAGUGUUUCUAAGUUCAUAUUAAUUAUUAACACACAAUCAUUAACAACCUUACCCUAGCCCAAGAUGCG